UCAAAGUAUUAUCAUUGUUUCCUGAAUUACAAAGUAAUUUGUGAAUGAUUUUAUCCAACUUCCGCGUUAGAUGAGAUAAUCCAAGUCAGGUUCCGCACGUGUAAAACCUCCCUUUGAAUUCGUGCGCCGCCUUCUCUUGUCCGUGAAGCCUUUUCCUGUGGGGAUAUCGCCGUCCUUAACUUCACUUUACUCAUUUUUCCUACUCCUUCCCUUUAUAUAUGUAUAUAUAUGUUUUUUCUUCUCUCUUAGUGCAACAUCAACAACAUCAAAUAAAGAAGCUCAAAGGGGAAAGGGGGAGCUUUCAAUCUCUCUCUUUCGUAAAAUGGACCGCUUGGAUCACGCGCCUGACCUCUGCAACUAAUCUCUGGCCGUCCAACCUCCUUUCCGGUCUUCACUAGCUCGAUUUAGCGUGGUUGUUGUCACAUAAUGGACAGUUGCGAUUGUAUUGACUCGCAGUGGCCACAAGAAGAACUGCUGGUUAAAUAUCAGUAUAUAUCAGAUGUCUUAAUCGCCCUUGCUUAUUUCUCAAUUCCCUUAGAACUUAUAUAUUUUGUUCAAAAAUCUGCGUUCUUCCCAUAUCGAUGGGUGCUUAUGCAAUUCGGUGCUUUUAUCAUUCUUUGUGGAGCGACUCACUUUAUAAACUUGUGGACAUUCACUAUGCACUCUAAAGCUGUUGCUGUGGUGAUGACCAUUGCGAAGGUUUCAUGUGCUAUUGUAUCAUGUGCAACUGCUUUGAUGCUUGUACACAUUAUUCCUGAUCUGUUGAGUGUUAAAACUCGGGAAUUAUUUCUAAGAAACAAGGCCGAAGAGCUUGACAGGGAAAUGGGCCUCAUUCUCACUCAAGAAGAAACUGGAAGGCAUGUGAGGAUGCUGACUCAUGAAAUCAGAAGCACGCUUGACAGGCAUACGAUAUUGAGGACUACCCUUGUUGAAUUAGGUAGGACCUUGGGCCUGGAGGAAUGUGCCCUCUGGAUGCCAUCAAGGACUGGUAUGAAUCUGCUACUUUCCCAUACUCUAAACUACCAAAUAAAAGUUGGAUCUACUGUGCCAAUAAAUCUGCCUAUAAUCAAUGAAGUCUUCAAUAGCGCUCGAGCAGUGCAUAUACCCUAUACCUGCCCACUAGCUAGUAUGAUCAGGCCUCUAGUAGGAAGAUAUGUGCCACCAGAGGUUGUUGCUGUUCGGGUACCCCUUUUACAUCUAUCAAAUUUCCAAAUCAAUGACUGGCCUGAUCUCUCUGCAAAAAGCUAUGCAGUCAUGGUUCUUAUUCUCCCCACCGACAGUGCCAGAAAAUGGCGAGACCAUGAAUUGGAACUUGUCGAAGUUGUGGCAGACCAGGUUGCUGUUGCUCUUUCUCACGCUGCUAUUCUGGAAGAAUCUAUGCGGGCUCGUAAUCAGCUCGUGGAGCAAAAUGUUGCUUUAGACUUGGCUCGUCGGGAGGCUGAGAAGGCAAUUCAUGCGCGGAAUGAUUUCCUUGCUGUAAUGAACCAUGAAAUGCGCACACCAAUGCAUGCAAUUAUUGCAUUGUGUUCACUUCUUUUGGAGACUGAGCUAACUCCAGAGCAAAGAGUUAUGAUCGAGACAGUACUAAAGAGUAGCAACCUUUUGGCAACCCUUAUCAAUGAUGUUCUGGAUCUUUCUCGACUUGAAGAUGGCAGCCUAGAAUUAGACUUUGAAAUGUUCAAUCUUCAUGGAAUCUUCAAAGAGGUCAUUAAUCUGAUAAAGCCCAUUGCAUUUGUAAAGAAGCUAUCUAUGACUAUGAUUCUGGAUCCUGAUUUGCCAAUGUAUGCUGUUGGUGAUGAGAAACGGCUUAUGCAAACUAUUUUAAAUGUUGUGGGUAAUGCUGUGAAGUUCACGAAGGAAGGUUAUGUUUCAAUUAUGGCUUCUGUUGCAAAACCAGAGUCUGUAAGAGAUUGGCAACGUCCAGAAUUUUACCCGGUGUCAAGUGAAGGCCACUUCUACUUACAAGUGCAGGUCAAGGAUUCGGGUUGUGGUGUCCUCCCACAAGAAAUACCGAAUCUUUUUACUAAGUUUGCACAGCCCCAAAGUGGAUCUGGUCGAAAUAGUGGAGGUGCUGGACUUGGACUUGCUAUUUGUAAAAGGUUUGUAAAUUUGAUGGGGGGCCACAUAUGGAUGGAGAGUGAGGGCCUUGGCAAAGGUAGCAGAGCAACAUUCCUGGUCAAACUUGGGAUCUGCAACAAUCCGAAUGAUUCAUCUAUCCAUCAAGUUUCAUCUAACAUUAGAGCUUAUCAUGGAAGUGCGGAUUUGACUGGACAAAAACCGAUAUUAAGAGAUAGCGAUCCCGGUACUUCAUCCGAUGCACGAUACCAGAGGAGUCUUUAGAUGAUAGUGGGAGCUAAUGUUGCAAUGAGAAAAGUCGAUUUUCAUAUUGUUUGAGGGUGAAGUUGAUGAAUGCUGUCUGAAACUGAAGCUUGAAUAUAAUCUCAUGUUAAUAGAGUUAAUGAAGGUAGCAAUUUCCAUGUGUUAUCUCUAUGUAAUCCUUCACAUUAUCUCAACCGCAAAAAGAAAAGAUAAAAAAGCUGUAUAAAAAGGAUUUAUCGUUCGGCGGUGAAUAAUUUGCCGGAUCAAUUGAUUCUCAAAAUGGCAUUAGGUAAAUCUUCUAACCAGAUUUUUCCUUUUUCAUUUUUUUUUGUUCCCUAAUGAGAACAGCUCCGUUAAGAGUUUAGAGUUAGGGUUAGUGGAAAUUUAGACUUUUUUAAUUGACCGG